AUGGCGUCUAGCGUCCCCAGUGCCUACGGCGAAGAACUCCCCUCGAGCACCAAAACAAAGCCGAAAGCUGCUACGCCCUUACGCAGGACGGCUGCUGAUUCUUUACCAAUUCGCGUCAACCCCACCCCAACACGCGGAAACAUCCAGCCUGUGAUCACGCUAGCGACCGCCGAGCGAUACCUGCUCUCCAGGUUACGUCUCAGCACACCUUCACACCUGCAGGCGCAGAUGCUGCAUGACGCGUGGUAUAUCCCACGAUGGAGUACAAAGAAAGGCACUCAAGGGGACUCGGCGCAAGAAGGCGAAAUCUUCGUGUUCGGCAAUGGGAGUUUCGUUUGUUGGGGCCUGGACGAGAAAGGCGCUCAAAAUUUUGCGGAAGAGGUCCUGAGGGCACGACGAGAUGUAGAGAUUGGUCGACUCAAGGAACCGGAGGUGGAGGAACUCGAUUUUGUCACGGAUCCUACGGAGUGGGUGAAUUCCUCCGCCCCAAAAACGCGCUUGCAAGGCGACCUCAUCAUCCUGGGAGAAGCGCCACCUAUCUCUCCGGAUGCGAUGCUGACGACCGUGCCUCCGACUCCCUUCUCACCCGAGACGAUCCUCGCACGCUACGCCUUCUCGCAAGCACUGUCGCGGUCCACAGCUCUUUCUGCGCUUGAGGUUUCGUUAGAAGAUUACUUGGCUGGUAUGGCCUUGCUGCCGCAGUCAUUGGAAAAGACUGGCAAGCCGGGAAUGAGCCGGAAACAAUUGAUCAAGAAGUUGGGUGAACUGCUGAAGUACCGACAAGGCUUGAACCUGAACCGGGAGAAUUUCUCUGAUACGCCUGACUAUUAUUGGGACGAGCCAGUGCUUGAAGGUUACUUCAACUCGCUGAGCAAUGCCUUGGAGAUCAGGGCUCGUACGCGAUCCAUCAAUGAGAAGAUCACAUACGCAGCAGAGCUACAAGCCGUCCUGCGUCAGCUCCUUACAGAGUCAUCCGCCCAUCGCAUGGAACUAAUCAUUAUAGUCCUCAUCGCCGUGGAGGUUGUUAUAGCCCUUAUACGUGAAGGUCCGGAGCUUUGGCGUAAAUUGACUCGCUCUGGUGACGAAUCGGAGGCGCAUACUGCGCUGGUACAUUAA